AAAAAAACAGAAAAAAGCAGAAAUGGGAUUUGAAGGGGAAAAGAGAGAAGAAGAAGAAGGUGUAAGAAUGGCUAAUGAUUUCUUUUGGUCAUAUACAGAUGAACCUCAUGCUUCUCGUAGAAGACAGAUCCUCUCUCAGUACCCUCAAAUCAAACAGCUUUUUGGUCCUGACCCUUUUGCUUUUCUCAAGAUAUCAGGAGUUGUUUUGCUUCAGCUUUGGACAGCUACCUUCCUCCAUGAUGCAACGUGGUUGAAGAUAUUGAUAGUCGCAUACUUCUUUGGCUCUUUUCUGAACCAUAAUCUCUUCCUGGCCAUUCAUGAACUAAGUCACAACCUUGCUUUCUCUACUCCAACCUACAACCGUUGGCUUGGAAUUUUUGCCAACCUUCCCGUUGGUGUACCCAUGUCUGUAACCUUCCAAAAGUAUCACCUUGAGCACCAUCGCUUCCAAGGAGUUGAUGGAAUUGAUAUGGACAUCCCGAGCCAAACUGAAGCCCAUGUAGUGAAAAAUGUUCUUGCAAAGUCUAUAUGGGUCAUUCUCCAACUUUUCUUUUAUGCAUUCAGGCCUCUUUUUCUAAAACCUAAACCACCUGGUCUGUGGGAGUUCAUUAACUUUACUAUCCAGCUAUCCCUUGAUGGAGCUAUGGUUUACUUCUGGGGCUGGAAGUCGCUAGCUUAUCUUAUCCUAUCCACGUUUGUUGGGGGCGGGAUGCAUCCAAUGGCUGGUCACUUCAUCUCUGAGCAUUAUGUCUUCAAGCCUGAGCAAGAGACAUACUCCUAUUACGGACCCCUUAACCUCAUGACAUGGAGUGUAGGAUACCACAAUGAGCACCAUGAUUUUCCCAGAAUUCCCGGAAGCAAGCUCUACAAGGUGAAGGAGAUUGCACCAGAAUAUUAUGAAAACUUAGAUGCUUACAAAUCUUGGAGCCAGGUAAUCUACAUGUACAUAAUGGAUCGAACAGUUGGACCUUUCAGCAGAAUGAAGAGAAAGUUGUCUACAAAAGCAAACAAGUCCGAAUAGAUGCAGUGAUAGUCCUCCCCUCUAUUCUUUGUUAAUUCUUUCAGUGUUACUAUGUGAUGUUUCUUAUCGAUAACGACUAUUGGUUCUUUUGUAACAAUGUAAUAGAGUUCUUGGCAUCAUGUGCAGUAGAGUUGAUGUAGCAAAUGACUACGUUCAUCAAUUACAUUAACAUAUA